AAAAAAUAAUCAAUCUCCCUAAUAUCCGUGAUUAUGUUCCCAUCUGCGCCGAUUAUUUACGACUAGCGCGAGCACUACUAUUACACAACAAACAAAACACUGAAUAAGAGCGUUAUAGCACAUCACGUUUCCCAAAGCCAAAGCUGUACCCGCGUGGCAGGUGAUCGUGCUAGCAACUCUGCUUCACGGAUCGGAUCUGAUCUCUGAAUAUCAAAAUCGAACUCUUCCGAUCACUAGGGUUCUUCUUUUUCCUCUCUUAUUCUCCCUAACUUCCCGCUACUUUACAUGGACUUACGCGGCAGAAUCGUCUUCGUCUUUCUUCUCGCUCAAUUCCGAGAGUACGAUUGAAUUCAAUUGAGUUGAAUUUCCACUCUUCUCCGCUCAGAACUGAUAACUACGACUGCUUUUUUUCUUUUCCGUUUGUGAGAAAUGGCGGCUUCUCCUGUUAAUUUCCUCUUUGGAUUUUUGUUACUUUCCAUUGCGUUAUGGCUGCUUUUCAUAUCUACUUCCAGAUUAUUGGCUUGGAUUUUGAGUUGGAGUUUGGGAGCAUCUGUUAAAUUUCGUUUUGGUGGGUGGAAAUGUUUAAGGGAUGUGGUAGUGAAGUUUAAAAAGGGUGCUGUUGAAUCUGUAUCUGUUGGUGAAAUUAAGCUCAGCUUACGCCAGUCCCUGGUCAAACUUGGUGUGGGUUUUAUAUCUCGGGAUCCAAAGCUGCAAGUGUUAAUAUGUGACUUAGAAGUUGUGAUGAGGCCUUCAAAUAAAAGCCCAGGGAAGAAAAAAACUCGGAAAUCCCGUGCUUCAGGAAGAGGGAAGUGGAUGAUUGUAGGCAAUAUUGCUAGAUAUCUGUCAGUUUGUGUGACUGAUCUUGUUCUGAAGACACCAAAAUUUACUGUUGAAAUCAAAGAAUUGAAUGUGGAAAUAUCUAAAGAUGGUGGAUCUAAGUCAAGUUUGUUAGUUAGACUACAAAUAUUACCUAUUCUUGUUUAUAUUGGUGAGCCGCGGGUUAGUUGUGACCAGUUAUCUAAUUUAAAUGGCGGGGGAUGCAGUUCUUCGUGCCAGGCAUCCUUUGCUGCUGUAGAAAGGUCUUCUGCCCCUUUUAUCUGUGAAAAGUUUUCAGUCUCUUGUGAAUUUGGCCAUGAUAGGGAAGCUGGUAUAGUUAUCAAGAAUGUGGACAUAUCCAGUGGAGAGGUUACAUUGAAUUUAAAUGAGGAGUUGCUUUUGAAAAACAAGAGUUCAUCAGAGUCUUCUUCUAACUCCCACAGUGUUGUAGGGUUACAAGCUGAUUCUGUAAGCAAUAAAAAACCAUCAAAGAAGCAGCAAAGACUUGCAGCCUUCUCCAAGUACAGUUCUAUGUUUCCUGAAAAGGUUGUAAAUUAACACAUAUGCCCUAUUCUUAAUCAUCACAAAAACACACACACACAUUUAACUAUUAAGAGAGAGAGAGA